AUGCUUAAGUACAUUGGAAGUGAUUUACCAAGUUUAUCCAUUAAAGAAAAGAAAAUUGUGAAGAAUAGUCUUGAUUUUAUUGAGCGAGAUGGUGUGUUGAUCGGUGAACCUACGGGGAUGGAAGAUACAUACGUUGUUCCUAACGGAAUGGAGAAGAUUGUUAACCAAAUCAAGUUUCGGUAUAAAAAUAAACCCAUGUUUAUUACAGAAAAUGGAUAUUCUUCACCCGAUCUACAAGAGAAACGAGUGAAUGUGAUUUUAAAUGACGUGAAACGAGUUAAAUUCCACUUAGAAUACCUUGAUUUUUUAGCUAAAUCCAUAAGAAAGGGAGCAGAUGUACGCAGAUAUUUCAUAUGGUCAUUGAUGGAUAGCUAUGAAUGGCUUACUGGUUACAAUUUGAAGUUUGGGUUAUAUUAUGUGGACCGUCAAACACUAACACGAAUACCAAAGCUUUCUGCAAGAUGGUAUAAAAGUUUCUUAACAGAAAACACUACCGAUCUUGUCAAUAUUAAAGCAUAUGCAUAAAAUAUUCCAUGCAAAAUUUUAUAUGUUGGGUUCAUAAUAAUAUUAUCAAAUGACUGUAUUACUCAUCUAUAAUAAGUUAACACUAAGUUGAAACCAACGACACUAUUGUGCGGAAAGAUUACCUAAUUAUCACUUCUAUAUUACCCCAUUUUCUUAUAAGAUUUCUAUUUGGUUGUUGUUGUUGAAUAAGUUAAUAAUGAAAUAUAUACGAGGAAAUGUUUUAUUUUAUUUUUUAAAUGUGUAAUAUAAUUAGAUUUUUGUACUUAAUUCUAUCAAUUCCCAAU